AUGCCACAAAAUAAAUGUGUCUUUAAAAAUCGCUGCCAUGACGAAGAAGCAGAAUCAGACGUUUUGAUGUCACCAUGUUUUCAAAUAAGCCCUGAUGUAGAACUGAAAGAUGUCCCAACUUCCGGAGAAGAAUAUUUGUUAAAAGUUAUGCAGGAGCGACAAAAGUGUACAACAAUCACUAAAUGUAACAAAGAUUAUUCUAAGUUUGCUAAAAACCAGUCUUGUUUUGUCAAAGAGGAGCCUCAUGCACAAGCACCAGAAAGACUGAAACCAACCAUAGAAUGGCAGAAUAUACAAGUGGCUGACUUUUCAGAGGUUCGCAUGUAUGUGUCACGUAUACAAAAGAAAAGAUCUGUAUGGCCAAAUGAUGUAAAAUCAAUUGUAUUUGAACACAACAACCCAAAAGGCUGGAAAAACUUCUUCGACAAGAAUGAACCCACUCUCUCAUGUGUUCUUGGACUGCAGUAUACUCUCAUUGAUGAUGGAUUGGAAAAUCUCAUUCAAAUAAUAAAAGGAACUAAACCUGGUCACUCAAUUGGAUAUAAAAUAGGUCAAUGGAUAUAUGCAUUUUUAGCCUGCAUAAAGCAGCCACUUUUGUCAGAAACUAUAAGUAUACUAAGAAGUUUAGCUAGAAGAUGUGCAGAAAUAAGAUCAAACCUGAACCAGGAAGAUGAAAAUGUAAUUUCUGAUGUAGCACCAUUGAACAUUUUUAUAUGUUUGGUGUCCCGUUAUUUUAGGCAAUACGAUUUGGCUGACUAAUAUAACAUUUUAAUGUAAGUAAUGAUGU